UGUGUUAAUUAUGAACAUAGUUUUGGUUAAAUACUCGUACGAAUAAAAUUAUAAUUAUACUCGUCAAGAAACCUUGAUGUGUUUUGUGUAAAAAAAAAAUAUUGAGAAGGAAAAACCCUAAACUAGAACUACCACUUUCCCACCCAAAUUCUUGGUUACUGCUCCAAAUUUAAAACAGCUCCCGGAGUCCCGGUGCCGGCCUACCUGCAAUUCAACUGAUUUCUUCUCUCUCCCACCGCCGCCAUUGAAGCACUGGUGCCAAGGUCAGCAUGUCUGGACUAUCGCUUGGAGAAAAGAACUUCAUACGAGGUGGUAUUGCUCAAGAUCUUCGUUGUGAUGGUCGAAAACGCUUAUCUUACAGACCUAUUCAUCUUGAUACUGGGGUCAUUUCACAGGCAAAUGGUUCAGCAAGAGUCCGAAUUGGGGGAACUGAUGUCAUUGCUAGUGUCAAGGCUGAAUUAGGGAGACCCAAUUCGUCUCAACCCGAUAAAGGAAAGGUUUCCAUACAUAUUGAUUGUAGUGCUACAGCUGCACCUAUCUUUCAGGGCAAAGGGGGUGAAGCAUUAUCAACAGAACUUGCUGCUGAUCUUCAGCGUUGCCUCUUGGGUGGUAAAAGUGGAGCAGGAGCUGGAAUUGACCUUUCAUCCCUAUCUAUCGUGGAAGGGAAGGUUUGUUGGGAUCUUUAUAUUGAUGGCCUUGUGGUUAGUUCAGAUGGGAAUAUGUUGGAUGCCUUAGGUGCUGCAAUCAAGGCUGCUUUAAGUGAUACCGGUAUUCCAAAAGUUAAUGUCAUUGCUGCUGAUUCGACAUCUGCUGGUGAUCAACCUGAAGUUGAUAUUAGUGAUGAAGAAUUUUUACAGUUUGAUACUUCUGCAGUCCCUGUCAUAGUAACAUUAACCAAGGUAGGAAAACACUACAUAGUUGAUGCAACUGAAGAGGAGGAAUCUCAAAUGAGUUCCGCGAUGUCUGUCUCUAUCAACAGGAAGGGACUAAUAUGUGGUCUUACCAAGCGUGGGGGUGCAGGUGUAGAUCCAAGCAUAGUCCUUGAUAUGAUCUCAGUAGCAAAACAUGUGAGCGAGAAUUUUAUAAACAAAUUAGACUCCGAGAUAGCUGCUGCAGAAGCUCGUGAGGAAGAAUGAUGAAAAUUGGUUUACAUGUUUAAACUAAGCUCUUAGUUUUUGCUCUGUAUUGAAUUUUGACCUAGGAAAUUAUGUUUCAUACAGGUAGAUUGUUUGUAACUUUGUAAGUGUCAAAAUAUCGUUAAUAUUACAAGUACUAUUAAUGGCUAACAUUUUAUCCCA